UUAUCUCAUUAGGCUCUAGCCUCGUGGACGGCGAGCUUCGCAAUGUUGCGACGUCAAAUAUCGGUCUCGUUCUUGCUCUUGCUCCUUCACAUCUUUUCGUACGGGGAUACCGCUCACAUUAGAACGCAAAACGUGAACAAAGCUACGUGCGGCUACGAGUCAUGUCCGAAAGUCGAUCCGAAAAAACUCAACGUCCAUUUGGUCGCUCACACCCACGACGACGUUGGGUGGUUGAAAACUGUCGACCAGUAUUAUUAUGGCAGUAAUACGAGGAAGCAGUUGGCCGGAGUUCAGUACAUUUUGGAUACAGUGAUCGUCGCGCUUCGCGGGCAUCCGGAGAGGAGAUUCAUCUACGUGGAGACUGCCUACUUCUGGAAAUGGUGGAACAGACAAGACGAAGCGAUCAAGGAGGAGGUGAGGUCGUUCAUCAACGAUGGGAGACUGGAAAUCAUCGGAGGAGGAUGGAGCAUGAACGACGAGGCUACGACCCACUACCACUCCCUCGUCGAUCAGUACACUUGGGGCUUCCGACGCCUGAACGAUACUCUCGGCGGGUGUGCGAGGCCAAAAAUCGGUUGGCAGAUUGACCCGUUCGGUCACUCGAGGGAGCAGGCUUCGAUGUUCGCUCAAAUGGGAUUCGACGGCAUGCUGUUCGGACGUUUGGAUUACCAGGACAAGAAGACUCGACUUGCUAACAAAACGGCCGAGUUCGUUUGGAAAGCGAGUCCGAGUUUGGGCAGCGCAGCCGACCUGUUCACGGUCGCGAUGUACAACACUUACUCGCCCCCUCCAGGAUUCUGCUUCGAUGUUCUCUGCUCCGACGACCCGAUGAUCGACGACCCAGAAAGCCCGGAGUACAACAUCGAAACUCGCGUGGAGCUGUUUCGUGCCUUCUGCGAAGUUCAGUCACGAAGUUACGCCAGUAACAAUAUUAUUAUCACGAUGGGCGAAGAUUUCAAUUAUCAAGACGCUCAAAUGUGGUUUGUUAACCUGGAUAAACUCAUUAGGUACACGAACCAGUUGCACGGAAGCGAGCUCAAUGUCUUCUAUUCGACUCCGUCCUGCUAUCUCAAGGCAUUGAACGAUCUCAACGCGUCGUGGCCCACCAAAUCCGACGAUUUCUUCCCCUACGCGAGCGACCCCCAUUCUUAUUGGACCGGAUAUUUCUCGUCGAGGCCAACGCUCAAAUAUUUCGAGAGAAUGGGAAACAAUUUCUUGCAAAUCGUAAAACAAUUGGCGGUUCUGACGAAUAUCCAAUCGGAAGACUCGAAAAUUGAGCGUUUCCGCGAGGCGAUGGGCAUCAUGCAGCAUCACGAUGCAGUGACCGGGACCGAGAAGCAGCACGUGGCCAAUGACUACGCGAGAAUUUUGCACACGAGCAUGAGCCAAGGAGCUGAAAUUGUGUCCGAAGCUCUUGGAAAAUGGACGGCUAAAGAGGCAAGUAAGGAUGUGACUUUGCCGAAAUUCCACUCUUGUCUGCUCCUUAACAUCAGCGCCUGCCAUGUCACGGAAGACAACAGCAAUUUCGUGGUCACCGUUUACAAUCCUAUGAGCCAAACUGCUUCGCCGUUCGUCCGGAUACCAGUUCAGGGCGAAGCUUACAGCGUCAAAGAUCCGGACGGCGAGGAAGUUACGACUCAGCUCGUGCCAGUCCCUGCUCCGGUUCAAAAAAUGGCCGGGCGAGUGAGCAAAGCUACGAAUGAAUUAGUGUUUCGUGCCGACAACGUUGGCCCGUUGGGUUUUCGGUCUUUUUACGUCAGUGAAAAACCGAACGUCGUCGAAGGCCACGGAGAGGAUUCGCUCGCAGAAAUUUCGUCGAUCGGCGGACCGCUGUACAACGUCACGGUCAACGACAUUGGAAACGUUGAGAUCCAAUGGAUUAACAGAACGGGAAUAAAAUUGGAGCAAUCGUUCCAUUACUACGAAGGAGCUGAGGGCAACAACGAAGUUUUCGAGAAUCGAUCUUCCGGAGCUUACAUCUUUAGGCCCAAAAACCCAAGUGCCAGAGACAUCAAAUACGCGCUCUCGAAAAACUUUUAUAAGGGUCCUUUGGUACAAGAAUUGCACUUGUCGGUGAACGACUGGGUCAGCCAAACAGUGAGAAUCUACGAUAAUCAGGAUAGAAUCGAGUUCCAUUGGAUGGUUGGUCCGAUCCCGACGGAUUCGGACAAGAUUGGAAAGGAGAUAAUAACGAGGUACUCGAGUUCUUUGGUAUCGAAAGGAACGUUCUUCACGGACAGCAACGCCCGAGAGAUGCUCGAACGUAAAAAGGACUACCGUCCAUCCUGGAACCUUGAACUGAAGGAACCGAUUUCCGGAAAUUACUAUCCAGUCACUUCGAAAAUUAGUCUCGAGGACGAAGACAAAGAUCUGAGGCUCAGUGUGCUCGUCGACAGAGCUCAAGGAGGCUCGAGUCUGCGGGACGGAGAAAUCGAACUUAUGCUUCACAGAAGAUUGCUCAAAGACGACGCUUUCGGUGUUGGCGAAGCUCUGAACGAAACAGCCUUCGGCGAAGGGCUCAUUGCCCGGGGGCAACACUCCGUUUUCGUCAGCGAUGCAGCUGACCUUGACGGCUCAGCACUCGACGUAAAACUGGCGACGAUGGAAUUGGCCUUGCGUCCCUGGACUCUGGUAACUCCGGCGAACGACGCAACUUUCGAGGACUGGCGAAACAAGUACACCAUGCAGGGCGAUGGUCUUUGGAAAAAGUUGCCACCAAACGUACAAAUUCUGACUCUCGAACCCUGGAAAGAAAAUAGCAUUUUGCUGAGACUCGAGCACGUUUUUGAAGCCAACGAAGCAGCCACGCUUUCGGAGCCGGUUACGAUCAACAUUCAGGACUUGUUUGCCCCCUUCACGCUGCUUUCAAUCCACGAAACUACUCUCGGAGGAAAUCAAUGGAUCGAAGACGUGAACAAGCUCAAAUGGUAUCCCGAAUCCAAUGACAUCGAUAGAGGUUUCUUCGGAAAUUACACGUCACCGUUAUCAGUAAACGACUUUGAGAUCAAUGUUGUAAUGAAACCGAUGGAAAUCAGAACCUUCGUUAUUAAGGUGGCUCGAAAGUGAGCUUUCUCUUUGCUCAAUCAAUGUUAGGAAAAUUUUUUAUUCCUAGAUUUACAAAUAUCGUGACCGAUAAUCUUUUUUCGUUUACGAACGUGCGAAAUGUUGGACUCGAGAAAUUAUAUUUUUGGACAAGUGAAUAAAUAAGAUUCCAAGAAAAGUA